UAUUAGCAAAAAUCAUUGGUAAGAGCGAGUGACAACAGCACAACAGACCGACCAAGUUCCCAGAGGGGAGGUCGCUGAAUUUCUUUGCCGAUUUCCUGGCGCAGAAAGCAAACUAGCAGCUGCCUUACAUGAAGUCUUUAAGUCAACUUAUAAACGAAAGUCAUUUUAACUAAUCAUGUCCAACAUUAAAGGCGGCAGCAAGAAGGACAAGAUGAGGAUAAGGGCCUUUCCUGUACGGGAAGAUGUCCUUAACUCUCUAAAUAAUAACUUUCUGCAAACCCUGAAUCAAGCCUGGAAUGACCAUCAAACUGCCAUGGUUAUGAUCAGAGACAUCCUCAUGUACAUGGACCGGGUAUAUGUUCAACAGAACAAUGUGGAGAAUGUAUACAACCUUGGCCUCAUCAUAUUCAGGGACCAGGUGGUGCGUUAUGGCUGCAUUAAAGAUCACCUACGACAGACGUUAUUGGACAUGAUUGCACAUGAGAGGAAGGGAGAAUUUGUAGACAGGGGGGGCAUCAGAAAUGCUUGCCAAAUGCUAAUGAUUCUUGGCCUGGACGGCCGGUCUGUAUAUGAGGAGGACUUUGAGGGCCCUUUUUUAGAUAUGUCAGCUGAAUUUUUCCAGAUGGAGAGCCAAAAGUUCCUAGCAGAAAACAGUGCUAGUGUCUAUAUAAAGAAGGUAGAGGCCAGAAUCAAUGAAGAAAUUGAGCGAGUUGUGCACUGCCUGGACAAAACUACGGAGGAGCCCAUUGUUAAGGUGGUAGAAAGGGAGCUCAUUUCUAAACACAUGAAGACCAUUGUAGAAAUGGAGAACUCCGGCCUGGUCCAUAUGCUCAAGAAUGGCAAGACAGAAGACCUGGCGUGUAUGUACAAGCUGUUCAGUCGUGUGCCAAAUGGCCUUAAAACAAUGUGUGAGUGUAUGAGCUCUUACUUGAGGGAGCAAGGCAAAGCUCUGGUGUCAGAAGAGGGAGAGGGCAAGAAUCCUGUUGACUAUAUCCAGGGCCUGCUGGACCUGAAGACACGGUUUGAUCGUUUCCUGCUAGAGUCUUUCAACAAUGACAGACUCUUCAAACAAACCAUAGCUGGAGACUUUGAGUAUUUCCUCAACCUGAACUCUCGCUCACCUGAGUAUCUAUCACUCUUCAUUGAUGAUAAACUUAAAAAGGGAGUCAAAGGGUUGACAGAACAGGAGGUGGAGUCAAUCCUUGACAAGGCCAUGGUGUUGUUCAGGUUUAUGCAGGAGAAGGAUGUGUUUGAAAGAUACUACAAGCAGCAUCUGGGUCGCAGACUGCUCAGCAACAAGAGUGUUUCAGACGACUCUGAGAAGAACAUGAUCUCUAAGCUCAAGACAGAAUGUGGCUGUCAGUUCACCUCAAAACUAGAAGGGAUGUUCAGAGACAUGAGUAUCUCCAACACUACCAUGGAUGAGUUCAGGCAACACAUACAAACCACAUCUGCAUCUCUUAGUGGUGUGGACCUCACAGUAAGAGUCCUCACUACUGGCUAUUGGCCUACACAGUCAGCAACACCCAAAUGCACCAUCCCCCCUGCUCCUAGACAUGCCUUUGAAGUCUUUAGAAGGUUUUACCUCGCUAAGCACAGUGGUAGACAGCUCACACUGCAGCACCACAUGGGCGGGGCUGACCUAAAUGCUACUUUCUACGGAGCUGUUAAAAAGGAGGAUGGUUCAGAAGUGGGUGUGGGUGGUGCCCAGGUGACGGGCUCUAACACCCGGAAGCACAUACUGCAGGUCUCCACCUUCCAGAUGACCAUCCUCAUGCUCUUCAACAACAGAGAAAAGUGCACUUUUGAGGAGAUCCAGCAGGAGACAGAUAUUCCAGAGCGUGAGUUAGUACGUGCAUUGCAGUCUUUGGCUUGUGGUAAGCCGACACAGAGAGUUCUCACCAAGGAGCCAAAGUCCAAGGAGAUUGAGAAUGGCCAUGUGUUUACAGUCAAUGAUCAGUUUACUUCCAAACUGCACAGAGUCAAAAUACAGACAGUUGCUGCUAAACAGGGGGAAUCAGACCCUGAAAGGAAAGAGACACGGCAAAAAGUGGAUGAUGACAGGAAGCAUGAGAUUGAGGCGGCCAUUGUCCGAAUCAUGAAGUCAAGGAAGAGGAUGCAGCACAAUGUCCUGGUGGCAGAGGUGACUCAGCAGCUCCGGGCACGUUUUCUUCCCAGCCCUGUGGUUAUCAAGAAGCGUAUAGAAGGACUAAUAGAGAGAGAAUACUUGGCGAGGACACCAGAGGAUCGUAAAGUGUACACCUAUGUUGCGUAGAAGACAAACUGUG